AUGGACAUCACUGGGCUCGAUCGCGCUACCGGCAGACUGGUCAUCCAGAUCAGACUAGAUGAGAUUGCAGAAGCGCUCGAAGGCGUCCAACUGGACGACAAUGGUACUGCGAGCUAUCGCGCUAUUCGUCACACGCUUCAAGAUCAACUAUCGAUCAUUUAUGGCCAGGAUACUGAUGACGAAAGCGACAACGGCGACGAAGCAAGACGUACGCCAUCGAGAUCAAGCAGCGACACCUCCGCGAACAACUCCGAUGAUGAAGGCGUCGUAGCGGAGGAAGCAAGUCCCACACCAGAACUCAUUGAAGCGCCGGAGUCAGAACCGGAGUCAGAGUCAGAACCCGAGCUGGUACCAGAGGCUACUGCCGAUUGCGGUGCUUGUGGUGAUACAAAGCCCGAGAAGGACACCAUCAAGCUUGAAUGCUCCCAUGUUUACUGUAAGGACUGCAUCGUAGAUCUAUUCCGCUUCGCUGUCCACAAAGAUACCUCACUCUUCCCGCCUCAAUGCUGCAAAGCCACGAUCCCACUCGACACAAACGAAAACGGGGUAAAGGGCUGCAGUGUUCUACUACCUGAAGAACUAUUGAUCGAGGUCAAUGAGAAGAAAGCAGAGCAGGAGAAGGCUCAAGAAACCCCAUGUUCUGGCGCGAACUGCGAUCACGUUGUCCCGAAAGGAAAUAUCAGUGGUGGCGUUGCGAUAUGCGAUCUUUGUGACACCAAGACGUGUACGGUAUGCGAGGACGAAGCUCAUAAAGGACUGUGUGCCGAGGAUGAUGACACCAAGAUAUUGAUGGCCACAGCUGGAAAGGUCAUGUGGCAACAGUGUACCAAGUGCAAGAAUCUGGUCGAGCUAGACACUGGCUGUUUCCAUAUCAUGUAA